AUGUCGGGGGAGCAAAACAGGGCGGUGAAAGCUCUGUACGUGGAUCAGUGGAGCACACCCAGGAACCAAAGGCCACAACCCGUCCUGACUGGACAAGCAAGCCAGGAAAUCUUACAGGACCUCCGCUCAGAGGAUCAGGCCGAGAUGGGAGUCAGAGCCCGGAGAAAACUGGCCAGUCUUCUGAUGAGCAGACUGAGGGUGGACAGGAGCCAGCUCAUCUCUGAUAAACACGGUAUCAGCAUCACCUCUGAUUACCCGUUUGAGAACGGUAAAGUUGCCCUGUGUGUGGAGAACACAUAUGAGUAUAAGAUCAUACUGCGUGUGGAAAACACUGGAACAAAACCUGUAUAUUUCACUUACUACACCCCUUUGCACUGGCUCAAAUUCCUAAAUCUGGUCGAUGAACGCAAAGUGACCAAACAGAACCCUUGGCUUCUGCAACCAGGUGACAGUUAUGAAGUCCAGGUUAAGUUCUGUUGCAGCAUUGUAGGAUUUUUCCCGGCCACGUUGGCCUUUGAAUUCAAACCGGACUUGCAGGUCUCCACAGCGUUCCACAUUGUUCGUUUCAUUGAAGCGCAGUGCAUCACGUCCUUGGGACUGGAGCUGGCACCCAUUGCCCCCUUCAAGCCUCGCUCCCUCCCCGCCUUGACCCCUGAGACCAACAGCAAGAUUGUUGAUGGGCAGCCUCCCGAGGGACUGUCAGUGAUGCAUCUGCAGAAUGUGGUCCCAUUAAAACCAUAUAAAGUACCGCAGCACAUCCACCAGCUCAUCAACAUACUGAAGAAGUCUACUCCUCUCAAAGAUCGAAGAGGGACUGUGCUAGCGAGCCCCUUGAGUUGGGAGAACUACAAGGAGAAGUUUCAGCUAAUGCUGUAUCUGGAGGAACUUCAGAUGGAGGUGGACAUCAAGAGGUACAACAUCCCCAAUGAAGACACAGAGUUUGCUGUCCUAAAAAGAGACCAGCACAAUAAGAAACUUCUUUUUCUUGAGGUUCCUGGUGUGUCGGAGAACCGCCCGUCUGUUCUGCGAGGAGACUCGCUGCUGGUGUACCCUGAGGGAGAAUCAGAAGUGAAGUACCGCGGCUACGUUUACAGCGUGCAGCAGGACAGCAUCAAACUGGGCUUCGCCUCAGAGUUGCUGGAUCGUUAUACAAAAGGCACAGAAUUCAGCUUUAUAGAAGGGAUAAAGUUUAACGUGGAGUUCACCAUCAACCACCUCACUGUGCGCCUGCAGCACAGAGCAGCUGAGUAUGCAGCUUCCUCCAACCUGAGGAGUGUGUUGUUUCCUGAUGUAAACCCAUCCUCAUGUCAGGAACUUGAGCUCCCCAGCCUCAGCUUGUUUGAUUGGCAGCUGGAGAAGAACCCAGAGCAGUAUCAAGCGGUGCAACACAUUGUGGCUGGCUCAUCCAGACCUGCUCCGUACCUUGUGUUUGGCCCACCUGGAACAGGUAAAACUGUCACUGUGGUGGAGUCCAUCAAGCAGAUAGAGAAGACCCAGGCCUCCUGCCAUAUUCUGGCCUGCGCUCCUUCAAACAGCGCCGCUGAUCUGCUGUGCACCCAGAUUCUGGAGCACGUGGACGAGCAUAAAGUGUACCGCAUGUACGCCAGCAGCCGGGACCCAAAACUAGUCCCUGAUCGCCUACUGAAAUGCUCCAACCUGGUGGGGGAUUGUUACGUUUAUCCUCGUAAAGAGAAGCUGAUGGAGUAUAAGAUUAUGGUCACCACCCUGUUGACUGCUGGAAGGUUUGUAUCAGGAGCCAUUCCUGUUGGACAUUUCACGCACGUGUUUGUAGACGAGGCUGGACACGCUGUGGAGACGGAGUGUUUAGUCUCAUUUGCAGGGUUGCUGGAUGCAGAAUGUGGACAACUCGUUCUGGCUGGAGACCCCAAGCAGCUCGGACCCAUUCUCAGAUCUCCUUUUGCACUAAAAUACGGGAUGGGAGUGUCCUUCUUGGAGCGCUUGAUGACCAAUUUCUCUCUGUACCACAAGAACGAGGGCGUCUACAACAAUCGCUUCGUCACCAAACUGCUGCGCAACUAUAGAUCUCAUCCUGCCAUUCUGAAAAUUCCCAAUGAGCUCUUCUAUGAUGGAGAGCUGCAGACUUGUGCAGAUGAAUAUGCACGCAACCUCUACUGUGGAUGGGAUAAACUUCCAAAGAAGGACUUCCCAGUGAUCUUUCAUGGGGUGCCUGGUAUUGACAGUCGCGAGGCCAGCAGCCCUUCGUUCUUUAACAUUGCAGAAGUGGAAGUGCUGAUGGACUAUGUGAGAGAACUGCUGACGUCACAAGGCAAGAAGGGCCUGGCUAAAAUUUUUCCCAAACAUAUUGGCAUCAUCGCCCCCUACAGGAAGCAGGUGCAGAAAAUUCGAAAGGCCUUGGACAAAGUUGGGAAAGACUUCAAGUUUAAGGACAUGAACAGUCUGAAGGUUGGUUCAGUGGAGGAGUUUCAAGGCCAGGAGAGAAGAGUAAUCUUGGUGUCCACAGUUCGAAGCAGCUCAGAUUACAUGGAGUAUGACAAAAAGUUCAACCUGGGCUUUGUCAAGAAUGAGAAAAGAUUUAAUGUUGCUGUGACCCGAGCCAAAGCUCUGCUGAUUGUGGUGGGAAACCCUGUAGUGCUGAACACAGAUCCCACUUGGGCUCACUUCAUUCAGUACUGCAAAGAUGAAAAAGGGUACACUGGCUCUACUCCUCCAGAGGAAGAUGAUGCAGACAUAGUAGCCAGGCUUAGUGCACUCUACAUCAGCAUCGAAGCUCAAGUUGAGACUGCAGAGAGUGCUGUUCAGCAGCAAGUGGACCUAGAGUGGAGGAGCGACAUGUGA